AUGUUGACAUCCAAGCCACUGAGUCGUUGGUCUUUGCUCGCCGUUCUGGCCGGCACAGCACUCAUCACGACGGCAUCCGCAUCAGACAACACCUCCAUCGAAUGGAGGAGAUGUGACGACGUUCAUGAGAUUUUCUCCAUGAUAGGACAGAAGAUCCAUGUUCCCAUCGAGUGUAGCAACGUCACGGUUCCGCUGGACUAUGCCGAGCCCAACUCGACUGCAACCCUUGAUCUCAAGGUGAUCAAGGUUCCGGCAUUGAAGCAACCGUCCAAGGGCAGUGUCAUUUUGCACUUCGGAGGGCCUACCGACUCUGGGAGGUUGUCGAUGGCCGCGCUCAGCGAGACGAUGCAGAUGCAAGUAUCCCGUAGUGCUUCACUGGCGGAACGAGGCCACUAA